AGCCCCAGCCCCGCCAGCACCGCUACCUCCGCCAGCAUUGCCACCAUCAGCACCACCUCCACCACCACCACCAACACCACCACCACCACCACCGCCGGCGGCGGCAGCAGCCAUUUCAUCUCCACAGAAACCAGACACAAAAACAUGGCAGAAAUGGAGAAAGAAGGGAGACCUCCGGAAAAUAAAAGGAGCAGGAAACCCGCUCACCCAGUGAAAAGGGAGAUCAAUGAGGAAAUGAAGAACUUUGCAGAAAACACUAUGAAUGAACUCCUUGGCUGGUAUGGCUAUGAUAAGGUUGAACUGAAAGAUGGGGAAGAUAUUGAAUUCAGGAGCUACCCUACAGAUGGAGAGAGCCGGCAGCACAUUUCUGUUCUCAAAGAAAAUUCUUUGCCAAAACCAAAAUUACCUGAGGACAGUGUUAUUUCACCAUACAAUAUAAGCACAGGCUAUUCAGGGCUUGCCACAGGAAAUGGACUCAGCGACUCACCUGCAGGGUCCAAGGAUCAUGGCAAUGUGCCCAUUAUUGUACCUUUAAUCCCUCCACCCUUCAUAAAGCCACCAGCAGAAGAUGAUGUGUCAAAUGUACAAAUAAUGUGUGCCUGGUGCCAGAAAGUGGGAAUCAAGCGCUAUUCCCUGAGUAUGGGAAGUGAGGUGAAAAGCUUCUGCAGCGAGAAGUGCUUUGCGGCCUGCCGACGAGCCUACUUCAAGAGAAAUAAGGCUAGAGAUGAAGAUGGACAUGCUGAAAAUUUUCCCCAGCAGCACUAUGCUAAGGAAACUCCAAGGCUUGCCUUCAAGAAUAACUGCGAACUACUUGUAUGUGACUGGUGUAAGCACAUAAGACACACAAAAGAAUACCUGGAUUUUGGGGACGGGGAAAGAAGGCUUCAGUUCUGCAGUGCAAAAUGUCUCAAUCAAUACAAAAUGGACAUUUUCUACAAAGAGACACAGGCCAAUCUUCCAGCUGGGCUGUGCAGCACAUUACACCCUCCCAUGGAAAAUAAAGCAGAAGGCACGGGGGUGCAGCUGCUCACUCCAGACUCUUGGAAUAUCCCUCUAACAGAUGCUCGGAGGAAGGCCCCCUCCCCGGUGGCUGCAGCUGGCCAAAGCCAGGGCCCUGGCCCAUCGUCGUCCACCACCGUUUCUCCAUCUGACACUGCCAACUGCUCUGUCACUAAAAUCCCCACGCCAGUGCCCAAGUCCAUGCCCAUCAGCGAGACUCCAAACAUCCCUCCGGUCUCAGUCCAGCCACCUGCUAGCAUCGGGCCUCCCCUCGGCGUCCCGCCUCGCAGCCCUCCCAUGGUGAUGACCAACCGCGGCCCGGUGCCACUGCCCAUCUUCAUGGAACAGCAGAUCAUGCAGCAGAUCCGCCCGCCCUUCAUUCGCGGGCCACCGCAUCACGCCUCCAACCCCAACAGCCCCCUGUCCAACCCCAUGCUCCCCGGCAUCGGGCCCCCGCCUGGCGGCCCCAGGAACCUGGGCCCCACGUCCAGCCCCAUGCACCGGCCCAUGCUGUCGCCCCACAUCCAUCCCCCAAGCACCCCGACCAUGCCUGGGAACCCUCCAGGCCUGCUGCCCCCGCCGCCCCCGGGCGCGCCCUUGCCCAGCCUCCCAUUUCCGCCGGUGAGCAUGAUGCCAAAUGGCCCGAUGCCCGUGCCCCAGAUGAUGAAUUUCGGGCUGCCGUCGCUCGCCCCGCUGGUGCCGCCCCCCACCUUGCUCGUGCCAUACCCCGUGAUCGUGCCCCUGCCCGUGCCCAUCCCCAUCCCUAUUCCCAUCCCUCACGUCAAUGAUUCCAAGCCCCCCAACGGGUUCUCCAGCAACGGGGAGAACUUCAUUCCGAGCGCCCCUGGCGACUCCUCAGCGGCGGGCGGCAAGCCAGGCGGACACUCCCUGUCCCCCAGGGACUCCAAGCAGGGCUCGUCCAAGUCUGCGGACUCGCCGCCGGGAUGCUCCGGCCAAGCCCUGAGCCUGGCGCCCGCGCCCGCGGAGCACGGCCGGAGCGAGGUGGUGGACCUGACGCGGCGCGCCGGCAGCCCCCCGGGC